AUGAUAGCAAAUCAUAGUUUUAGUUUUCCUCGGAAACAGCAUAACAUCACGUUAAUAACAAACGCACUUAACCACAUCCACCAUACUCCACCAUCAUCACCACCUUCUCCACUUCUCCACACCACAACCGCAUCCACCACACUCCACCGCCAUCACCACCUUCUCCACUUCUCCACACCACAACCGCAUCCACCACACUCCACCGCCAUCACCACCUUCUCCACUUCUCCACACCACAACCGCAUCCACCACACUCCACCAUCAUCACCACCUUCUCCACUUCUCCACACCACAACCGACUUCUUCAUCAACGCCCCCGAACACCUGCUCCUGAGGGUGGUCAACUCCGGCCAGGACCUGCAGAAGUACGUGGCGGAGUCGGAGCAGGAGGCCAUCAACGUGGCUGUCAAGAGCAUACAGAGCCGCUGGGACGAAGUCAUGUGCCACGCCCCCCUGCAUCUGCUCAAGCUGGAAUUCCGCCUGGACGAAAACACGUUCCAGAUGUACGUGCGAGACAUCGAGAAGGAGUUGGCGGGCGAACAGAACUCCUACAACAAGGGCGAGAACGUAGAAAACAUUAGACGUAAACACGAGGAAUUCUUCGCUGAAGAAUUAAUUUCCCGUAUUGAGGAGAUUCUUGAUAACAUGGACGUCACCAGUCGAGAAUAUGGAAGCAAGAAGAAUGACAAAAACCUGAUCGAAGACUGCCAGAAGUGCACAGCUCAGUGGCUCGAGCUCCAGACCCGCGUCGGCACCAUGGCGUCUCAGCUCGACCAGAUUCCCGAACGCUGGAGGGAAUACGAAUCUAAAGUGGAAGAGACAGUUGCCUGGAUGGAUGGUGUCAAUGACUGCCUGAAGGGUAUCAACAAGGAAGCUUCAAAUGCUCAAGCCUAUGAAGAACUGAAAGACAGAUUUGUGACUAUGUGUGGGGACCUGGAGAGUCGCCGCGAGUCCAUGAAGUGGCUGGUGCAGAUGCUGGACUCCCUGAUCACCCACAUCCCGGAGGAGGACGGUCAGUAUGAGCAACAGAAGCUCGAGUCCCUCAUCGCUCGUUACAAAGCGCUCGUACCCACCAUUGAAGCUGCUUUGGUGCGAACAGAGACUUACGCCAAGUGCUACCACUAUCGAGAAGAUAUUGAUAAGGUGGUGGGUACUCUGGAAGACGUGAGGAAGCACUGCGAGGAGGACGUUCACCCAGAGACCCUCGAAUCUCUGACGCAGCUGAUUCGUGAGCGGGAGGUAAUGGUGAACCAACUCGAAAACCAGAGAGAUAACAUUUUCACUACCAUUCAGCGGGGCAAAGACCUCUCCAGAGAUCACAAUGCACCACUCUUUGUCAGUGCUAUGUUGCAGACUCUUGAAGCUAAGUGGACUGAAGCCUACAACGGUUCUGUAGAGAAACUCAAUAAGCUCAAGAACACACAGAAGGUCUGGUCAGACUACACUGAACAGAAGAACGAGAUCCUUAAGCUCAUGGCACAAGCAGAGCUCGAGCUGUCUAACGUGAUCAGUCGCUGCAACCCACAGGAGGUGGCCAAUGAGCUGAGCAGCAAACAGGAAAUGAACGAGCACCUGAAUGAGACCACAGACCAGAUGCUGCGAAAGUUGCACAGCCAUUCCUCCAAUCUUGUCAGACUUGCUGAUCCAGAGAAGAAACCUGUGCUUGAGAAAGAAGUUGUUGAAAUUGAACAACGCAUGCAAACAGUCAUUGAUACAGUCUCACAGAAGAUUGAAUACCUGGAGCAGCUGAACAUAAAGUGGAUCCACUUUACAGGCACUUUGCAAGAGAUGAAAUCAUGGUUAGUUAAUGCCCAGAAUGUGUUAGAACGUUUAGUUACUCUUGAGAUGUCACCAGAAGACCGACAGAAUCAGACUAUUGACCUCCGAGCAAAGAUCAACCAGAAGAUGGCUGUCAUAAAAACACUGGAGGAUGAAGUUGAAGAGUUGAUGGAGGGUGAACCAUCUACUGAAGCAGUUCAGUUUACUGGUGAACUUGGUGACAUAAAGACAAGUUUGUUAACACUUAAUAAGCACACAGAAAAACACUUUGAGACUGUCCAACAUGACCUCACUCACUGGCAAGAAUACCAAGUAGGUGUGCAGGAGAUCAGACCAUGGCUAGAAAAUGCAGAAACAAAAGUGGCUGUGGGCAUGGCAAGACCAAAUUCCAUGCAAGAAGCCAUACAAGCACAAGACACAGCAAAAGAAUUUGAAAAAGAGUGUGAUGACUAUUUGGAGAAACUUCGCACACUGUCUAGCAAAAGUGCUCAAGUUGCACGAAUUUGUUCAGUAGUUGAUGAAGUUGAUGCUUACCAUUCAAGGUGGACUGCUGUUCAUGAUGUAGCACUUCAAUGGAGUGAAAGGACAGAGUCUCUCUUGGCUGAAUGGGAAGAUUUCAACUACAAAUGUGAUGCUGUAUCCUCAUGGGUCCAUCAGAUUGAAGAACGAAUGGAGACAGUCACUGAAUAUGCUCCCACUGUUUUACGACUCGAAGAUCGAGUCAACAACUUGAAGGACAUGGACAAGGAACUGGCAGAAAAGCAGACAGAUCUCAUCAACCUGACUGCUAUUGGAGACCACAUUUCUUCAGGGAUGGGUCCAGAAGGAAGUGCCUCUGUCAAGUCGACAGUAAGUGAGCUGAAGUCUAUGAUCUCAAAAUUGGGAGAUGAAAUAAGGAAGUUGAAGAAUGAGCUGUCAGAUGUCAUGGUUAUUCGACAAGAAUUCCUUGCCAAGGUAGAGAAGCUAGAAACCUGGCUUAAUGGCUUCAGUAAUCAUUUAGAUGAACUGGAAGAUAUUGAUGUUGAUGAAUUAGAUGGGAGUCCAGACUUGGUGCAUCGCCUGCAGCAGGAACAUGAUGAGAAGCAGAGUGAAGUGACAUCGCUGGCCGAAGAAUGUCGUGAUGUUGGGGAUCGAUGCACAGGCCGAGAUCGUGAAGAUCUCUUUACACAGUUUGAUGAUGCAGAAGCUCGUUUUGAGAACUACGGGCAGGUAGUUCAGUCCAAGAAACCUGCCAUUCUUAAGUGGCGUGACUUCUGGGAGUGGCAGAGCAAUACUGAUGAUGCCAUGAAGAGCAUUAGUCAACAGAUUGAUGCCAAACCCAAUCUUAAUGAUUUAGAGCAGAUGAGGAAAGAAUUAAUGAAUCUUCGUGAACAGUGCCGUUCAUGGGAAGAUGAAGCAUCAUACAUUAUGGACUUGUGUAGAAAAAGCUCAACAACCAUUAGAGAUCCCGACACUGGAUCUGCUAUUGACAUUGAAACUAAAGUUCAGGAGUUCAGGAAGAGGAUGGAUUCUUUGGAAAGCAACCUUGACAACCGACAAGAUCAACUGCAAGCAGUGAAUAGUCAAUGGGAAGCUUUCCAUCGUGUCAAGAAUCAACUAAGUGAGUUCUUGGAUGGCAUUACAAAGAGAGUCACUGAUAAGGAGUUGAUGCAGAGCACCUAUACAGGUGUGCAGCACUUAUCAGAAGCUGUUGAGGGUGCACUGCAGGAGAUGCAGUCACAAGGCAAGAUGAAGGACAAGUUACAUGACUUGGGACGUGCUCUCAUGUCUAGUGACUCCACCCAACUAGUCUCUGUACAAAAUGCCCUCACAGCCGCAGAUGGGAACUGGGACCGUGUGCAGAAUAUGCUGUAUGAAAUGCAGACCAAGUUCACAAGUAUCACUUCCCUUUGGAGGCAGUGCACAGAUGGGCGUGAAUACUUACAAGCUGCAAUUGCUGAGGCUCAUCGUAAUAGUGACAAGCUGGAUGGUGUUCCAUCAGAAGCAAAUGUUGCUCAGAGUAUGAUGAACCUUUGCAAGAAAACCAUUGAUGCAUUGCGCAGAACUAGACCGCAGCUAGAAAGUUUUAUUUCCAAGUCUCAACAUCUGAGCCAACAACUCGACAGUGAAAAGGGCUUUACUUCUGCUGAUGUGAGAAAACAAUCCCAGGAGACUCAAAAUAAAUGGCAGAGUAUGAUGGACUUCCUUAAUCAACGCUCACAGAACCUAGAAGGUCAGCUGGUGCUCUGGAAACAAAUUCUCCAAGGUCGAGAUGAGAUCCUCACCUGGCUCAGUGAUACUUGUGAAGCUCUAGAUGAGACACAGAUCACACACGAAACAGAAGCAGCUGCAGAGAAAUUGGAGAAAUAUAAGAACGAGCUUUCAAACUAUGAAAGUCUCUUCCGUGGGCUUCAGAGCAGUGCCAAGCAACUGGAGUCCCUAAACAACUCAUCCUCCUUGGCAAGGAUUGAGGAAAUCCUCAGCACUGUGACAGCUGAGUUUGAACAGACUGAGGCAGUUGCCUCCAAACUCGGCGCUUAUCUUGAUGAAAUGAAGGAGCAGGAAACAUCAGUAUAUGAGGAUAUUAGGGAUCUCAGUGAGUCUCUGUCUCAGAUUCGUGAUCGUUUGAUGAAGUGUGAAGACAUUACUGGAGAUGAUAAGAAGAUCUUGGUUCGCUUAGAAAUUGCCAGGAAGAUUGAAGGGGAAUUACAAGAAUAUGAUGAUAAGAUCAAGGAAGUUAGAACUAACAUUGAAGAACUAAAAGCAGGAUUUAAAGGUUUUGAACCAAGUAAGCUUGUUAAAGAAUUUACUGCACUGCAAAGGAAAUAUGAGGGACUUAUUGGACAAACUGCUAAGGCAUGCAAGAGUCUCCAAUAUGUUAUUGAAAAACAUUACCGAGACAGACUUUCAGAUAUGCAGAGGUUUUUGUCUGUCCACCAAGAAAAAAUUGUUUGGUGUCAGGCUGAGCCAGGCAGUGAUAGGUAUGGUGUGGAAGCCAAAAUCUCUGCUCUGUCUGACGUCAAGUCAAGCCUCAAGUUAGGUCAUGCGAAGAGACAAGACCUCGAAAAAUGCCGGGAGCUGUUUGAAAAAGUUGUGUCUGCUGACCAGCGUGAAGCCAUCCAAGAGGAAUGUGAAACAACUGUCUCUGAAAUGGAAGAACUAAGCACACGCUUAGAGGAGUGUCAUGUGUCACUCACUCGCCUGUUAGAACUGUGGCAACAGUAUGAACUCAUGACCGAAAAUUUGAGCUCUUGGUUACGUGAGGUUGAGGCCCGUGUACGUACUGAUACCAUGAAUCAGAUUGACAUGACAAUGGUCCAAGAAAAGAUUGAAGAAACCGAGAAUCUCCUCGAAGAAGUCAAUGGCCAUGAUGAUGAGGUCUGUGAACUCAUGGAGAAAACUGAAGAGCUGAUGGAAGUCAAUCCUGAAUGUAGGGCCAAAGAGUAUGCCACCCAGUUGAAGAAUAGGGUUCAAGCCCUUGUCAAAUUCUGCAAUACAUUCCUUAACAAAUUAAAUCAGUUGACAAGUGAUCAAAAGUUGUAUUCAGAGACAAUUGAGAAGAUGGAAGAAUGGCUGAAGGAUGCAGAAGAGAAACUCCAGUCCUUCGAAAUGAUGACAAGUAGUGGAGGAAAGCCUACUCUGGCAUACCAGUCAAAACUGCAAAGCCUCAAGUCCUUUGUGGAAGAGAAGAAAAAUGGACAGCAGCUCCUCAAUGCUGUUGUUGAACACGGUGAGGCCCUCUUCUCAGCCAUUACUCCAGAGGGCCGUGAACAGAUCAGAACAGACCUGCGCACUCUUAGGGAUACAUGGGAGGCUCAUCUGGAUAGGGUCAAUCAUCUGUAUAAACGUGUGGAGGGAAUUAUUAUGCAAUGGUCUUCCUUUGAUGACAAUUUCACUCAAGCUUCGAAAUGGCUGGAGGAGAUAAAGAGACGGGCAGGAACAGAGUUCGACCUGAAACCAACUUUAUCUGACAAGAAGGCUCAGUUACAGCAAUAUAAGUCUGUGUAUCAGGACAUCAACUCUCACGAGAGCAUGAUAUAUGGACUGAAGGAGAAGAUUGAGUUCUUAACCGAUGAUGAGACAUCAAAGACAGUAGAUGACAUGAUCGACCAAUAUCGAGAGUUAGCUGUAACAACACAGCAGAGGAUUGGACGGUGUGAGGAGAUCAUCCAACAUCAUGAGAGCUUCUUGCAUAACACAGAAAAAUUCCGUGAUUGGCUCACUUCACAGAAGGCUGAGCUUGCAUUGUGUGCUGAUGUGUCACCAGAAAGCAGUGAUGUUGAAAUGAAGAUGAGUAUCCUAGAUACCCUCGAACUGGGUGAGGCAGAGGGUCAGUGCCUAUUUGAUCUCUGUAGCGAGAGUCUACAGCUGACUCUGAAAAACACAGAUGCUUCAGGGCAUGCUUCCAUCAUAGCAGAUCUAGAGAGCCAAGAAAGGAGCUGGCGAAACCUUCAGUCUGAAAUUGCAGAUGGUAAGAGAAAAGUUGACGGCAUCAUGUCUCAGUACAAUGAGUGUGAAGAAGUGGUACAGGCACUGAGAGACUGGCUCAAGAGCAUUGAAACCAAAGUCAAGGAUCAGUCUCUCAAGAGCAAUCUUGAUGCAAAGGAAGCUCAUCUUGACCGCCUCCGUAAGUUGGAAGAGGAGAUUGUCAAAAAGGCUCCUGAGAUCAAUGAUGCUCUGACCCAGGCCCAGAGCAUGGACAAUGAGGGGAAACAUGCUGUCCAGAUCUCCCAGUUGUCUUCUCGCUACCAAGCACUUAAAAAUGUUCUGAAGGAAAUGAUGAGUCGUUAUGAGAUGUUCAUCCGAGAGCAUCGUUCCUUCCUCGAAAAGUAUCAGGAGUGCCUGGAGUGGGUAGAGGCAGUAGACCUUGAUUUGCGUGAACAUGCAGAGGUGGUGGGCGACAUGAAGAUCCUGCAGAUGCGACGCAACAAAGUUGAACAGUUAAUAGAACUCAAGUCAAGUCAGGCCAACAAGGUUGAUGCUGUAUUGGAGUUGGGUGAAAGACUGUAUGCUCACACAGCUCCCGACGGCCGUGAAAACAUUCGGCAGAUGCUGCGAGAGCUGCGUGAGCGCUGGGAAUCCUGGUGUGAUUCAGUCACCAAUGCUGGACUCACACUUGAUCAGUGUUUACAGCAAUUCUCCGAUUUUUCUGGUGCUCAAGAACAGCUGACCCGUUGGCUGCGUGAUGUUGAGAUUGCUAUGCAACAGCAUACCGAGCUGAAAAGCUCGCUGCAAGAGAAGACUGCACAAUUGCAGAACCAUCGCCUUGUCCACCAGGAGAUUCAAGCCCACCAGAGUCUGGUGGAGAUGGUGUGUGAGAAGGCCCAAACCCUUGUCAACCAGACCCAGGACAAGACCCUUAAUGUGUACAUUCACUCCAUCAAGACACUAUUCCAUAACAUCGUUCUCAAGAGCCGUGACCUGCUAGAUAAACUGGACUUGUGUGUGCAGGACCAUGCUCAGUUCAAUACUCUCUGCAAGAGUUUUGGGGACUGGCUUAACCUGCAGCGAGAUCAGCUUCAUCUGUGUGCUGAUGUGUCUGGCGAGAAGUCAGACCUUACCAAGAAACUGGAUAAUCUUAAGGACCUGGACACAGUACACGGUUUGGGAGACAAGAAACUGAUCGAGCUCCGGACCCUGGGGGAGAAGGUCGCCCUGAGCACGUCGGAGCGGGGCGGAAAGGCCCUGAGAGCGACCAUCACCUCCAUGGAAGACGCCUGGAACCUGCACCUGGCUACAGUCGGCGACGUCCGCGACAACCUGAACCGGACGCUGGAGCAAUGGCACCAGUUCGAGGAGGACCUGGAGCGUCACUCCGUGUGGUGCCGCGAGCUCGAGUCCUUCUUCAAGGACCAGCAGCCGUGUGCCACGCUGGAGGAGAAGCAGGCGCGUAUUGAGGUGCUGAACCAGAAGCGCGAGGAGGUGGUCCGCUACGAGCGCGAGAUCGACGUGUUCGUGGACAAGAGCCACGCGCUCGUGCGCAUCUCGAGCAUUGACCGCCUCAAGCCGCUGAUCACGCAGCUGAGCAACCGCUACCAGGCGCUGUACGAGCUGGCCAAGUUCGCCAGCACCCUCGCCGACGUCAAGCACGGGCUGGAGGAGCGCCUUCAGCAGUGGACCGAGUACGAGAGCACCUUCGACCGCAUCAUCUCCUGGCUGAACGAGUCCGAGGCCACGCUCAAGAACUACGGCCCCAGGAACUCGCUGCAGGAGAAGACCGAGCAGAUGGAGCGCUUCCAGGAGUUUCUUCGGGUAGUUGAUAGCCGACACGUGCUUGUGCAGGAGUUCAUUGCAAUCGCUGAUAACCUUGAACAAGGCCUGGUGUUCAGCAUCAUGCAGAAUCAGGGCGAAAUCGACAAGAUGAGCGACGAUUCCUCCGAUCUGAUGGGCGUUUCCGGCGACACGAGGAUUUCCGUCAACGUCCAGCAGAUUACCUCGCGCUUCAAGGCUGUGCAAGUUACGGCUAAGGAGAUCUUGAAGAAGUGUGAGGUUAGUGUGAGUGACCACAAAGCCUUCAUCGACAAAUACAACCAGAGCGUGGGCUGGCUUACUGCCGCCCAGGACAAGCUAGGCAAGUGUAUUGAGAUGCAAGGCGACAGAGCAACACUACAGAAGCGACUUGGAAUCAUCAAUGAGCUCUUGGCGGAAAAGCAGAACGCUCUCUCCCUCGUCAACAACACGGUGGAGCUCGGGGAGAAACUCUACCCGACCACCUCCGACGACGGGCGAGAGGCCAUCAGGAUCCAGCUGGAGGACCUUCAGAGUGCCUUCGACGCUCUCUUCGACAGCUCCUCCACGAUGGAGAGGGACCUGCAGAAGAAGAUGGGCAGGUGGACCAGCUUCGAAGAGGCCAGUGAGCAGCUCAAGACGUGGCUGAAGGAAACUCAGGCACAGAUGCCAGAUGACAUCGAGCUCAAGACAACCCUGGAUGAGAAACGUGCACAGUUACAGACUUACCGCAUGUUGUUGCACGAUAUCCUUGCUAAACAGCAGACCAUCCUCGACGUGCGAGACAAGGCCGAGAACCUUCCUGAGAGAGCCGACAGAGUCAACUCCUUCCUGGAAUCAGCAUCAGCUCACCACCAGGAAAUGUUGCAGAGAAUACAGACUUACUUAGAACGGUAUGAGGCCAUCGUGAGUGACCAUCAGCAGUAUUGCAAGGCUGUGUACGAGACACAAGAAUGGCUGGAUGCUACUCACAACACAGUAGAGAUGUGGGGUGAAUCCAGCAGCGACCACAUUACCAUUCGUGCAAAUCUUGAAAAGCUGAAGAACUUGCAAUUGAGUUUGCCAGAAGAAGAGCCAAGGAUCCAGCAGAUACGUACCCUUGGAGAGAAGGUCAUUCCUGGCACGGUGGAGUCUGGACAGAUCAACAUCCGCACCCAGAUCGACACCACCCAGCAAGAGUGGCAAGGUCUCAUUUCAGCCGUUUCCUCAACUAUUGAAAGACUCGAGGGCACCUUAAACCAGUGGGGCGACUUUGAAACGAUGAAGGACACCGCCCAGAGCUGGCUCAGAGAGACAGACAACAAGCUCCAUGCUGUCAACUUGAAAGCAACACUCCCUGAAAAGCAAGAAACAUUGGAGAUGUUGAAGGCCCUCCAGGGUGAGAUCCGAGCCAAGGAGUUGGAGAUGGACCAGCUGACAGAACGUGCUCAGAACCUGUAUCAGAGCCACUCUUCUCGUGGGUCACAGGUCAGUGAACUCUGUGCUCGCUACCAGCAGAUCUCCACCAGGGUAAAGGAUGUGCACAGCAAGUGGCACCAAUAUGUGAGCUACCAUGCCGAUUAUGACAGCAGGGUCACAGAAUGUCACAACUUCCUUGGAGACAUCAAGAGGAAGCUUAGCUAUUGCUCAGACCUGUCGGCCACAUCACAAGAUGACUUGGACAAAAAGAUGGAAACGAUUCAGGAUUUGUUACUCUACAAGGAGGAAGGAUUCUCCAAGGUGCAAGGCACUGUUGAGCUGGCACAGACCGUGCUGGCCAAUACAGCUCCUGCAGGUCAUGACCAGAUCAAUCAGGCAGUUGAGGAAUUGCAACAAAGCUGGAGUGCUCUUGCCUCCAAGAUGGUAGAAACUAAGACCUAUUUGGAUGAGACACUUCACCGAUGGGCAGGCUUCCUGGAAAACAUCCAUCAGCUGAACAAGACCAUCGAGCAUGUUGAGCACACACUCUCCGACGUUAGCCAAUUCCAGGCAACAUUAUCAGAAAAGAGAGCUCAGCUGGAGAGACUGAAAAGUCUAGAGGAAAAACUGCGAUGCGAGAAGUAUGAGGUGGAGAGCCUCAAGGCAAAGGCUUCUGAGAUGAUUGCCAGUGGACAGCAGGCACAGGCAGCCUCACAGGCUCAGGGCAUCCUCAAGCAAUUUGAAAAUCUCUCAGAGCGCAUCAAGACCUUGCGUGGCGAACGAGAAACUCAGUACCGUGACCACCGCCACUACAAAGAAGCCUAUGACGAUCUCCAUGCUUUCGUCAACAGGACAAGAGACAAGAUUCCAGCACUCAAGCAGAGGAAUCUUGGUGAUAGGUUGUCCAUUGAGACAGCAGUACAGGCUCUAGAUACCCUGCUCACUAGACAGGCUCAAGGUCAAAUACUGGUGGACCAACUCCUCCACCGUGGUGAGGUGCUCCUCCACUCCACCUCUCAGUCAGGCCAGGAGCACUACAGGAACGAGAUGAGGGCCGUGAAGGAAAGCUUCGAGAGUCUUUUCCAGGACAUUUCCAAGCAAAAGGAGAACCUCCAGAAGACAGUUGUACAAUGGCGUGACUACAAAGACGAAUAUGAAAAGCUUUCCGACUGGCUACAGAAGGCCGAUGCCGAUAUGAAGGCUUACAAGACGAUGCUGUAUGCCAGUAUUGGGGAGAAGACACAGCAGGUCAAUAAUGUCAAGGACCUACUUGAAAGUCUUGGAAAACAACAAGUUCAACUGAAGAAACUAAAUGAGCUCUCCCAAACACUCCAGGAAACACACCUAGAUUCUUUCGUGCAAAACCAGAUGCGGCACCUCAAUUCCCGUUACCAGGUCCUUAUUAACAUGGCAAAGGAUGUACUUAGGAAGGUAGAAUCUAGCUUUGACCAGCAUCGCCAGUAUGAGACCUACAUGAGUAAGGCAAGAGAAUGGAUUGACAAUGCUCGCAUGGUUGUGCGGGACUGUGUCGAUAUGUCUCCUGACUCGGGCAAGGAAAGCCUUGAGCGACACCUCGAGAUGAUCCAGUCAUUGAUGAGGAAGCAGGAGGAAGGUCAAGCCCUUGUUCACCAGACUGUCAACUGGGGUGAAAAAGUUCUUCGCAAUACACGCUCAGAUGGGCGUGAUACUAUUAAUGACUCAUUAGAGGAGCUUCAAAAUGACUGGGACAAACUGAUCAAGAAGUUGUCAAGUGCUAAAGUAACACUGGAGACUAAUCUCCUCCAAUGGGCUGACAUGAGUGCCUCUUACAGUAAUAUGCAGCAAUGGAUCAGUGAGAGAGAAGCCAAACUCCAACAGCUCACAACUGCCAUGGCCUCUUCUUCCAAGAGGAGCUCAGGCUUGUCACACAGGAUAUCUACUCUAAGCAUUGGAGAGCGCAAGGCUAACCUUCGCCGUACAAGCAGCAUUGUUCAGGAUAUUGUUUCCUUUGAACCAAUGAUUGAAUCUGUUACCUCAAAGGCAACAGAAAGCCAAGCCAGCCAGGUAAAGAGCAAUGCCUCAGAGAUCUCAAGUAAGUACCAGAGCUUGAGUAAGCAAGCCAAGGAACUUCUUGAGAAGCAGAAGGACAUGGUAGACCACCACCAGGAGUUUGUAGAUGCAGGUAACGAGUUCAUGCAUUGGCUCAGGGCUGCCAAGGAGAGGAUGGCCAAGUGUGCAGAGCCAACAGGUGACAAAGAUACCAUCAGUGGUAAAGCAACUAUCCUCAAGAUGCUACAGAACGAACAAGAAGAAGGCCAAAAGAAACUUGACAAGGCCUUCCUCUUGGCUGAGAGGGCAUGCAACCUGGCUGAUGAUGAGGACAAAGAAGUUAUAGAAGAAGAAGUGGCAUUCCUGCAAGACGAAUUUGACACUUUCCUGGGUCAAGUGGGUAAGACGAAGAACCUUCUUGAAAUGGGAAUUGUCAAAUGGACAGAAUAUGAAGAUAAAUUCCGAGAGUGUGAAGAAUGGCUAGCCAAAAUGGACGGCAAAGUACAGACUUACAACAAGCUUCAAAACACUGUGAUGGAGAAGAGAUCAGUCCUGGAAGAAUUCCAGGCUCUCCUCCAGAGCAUUUUUGACUGGCAGAAGACGCUGGAUCUUUUGAACAUGCGAGCCCAGCUCCUGCUUGAGACUUGUGCUGAUUCCCGUGUGAGUAAUGCCGUCACACAAUUGACUACAAAAUAUAACACAUUGCUAUCACUUGCCAAGGAGGUGAUGCGCCGCCUGGAGAUGCACUUCCAGGAGCAUCAGCAGCACAACCAGCUCUAUAGCGAGUGCAAUGAUUGGAUUGACCGCACUCGUAAGAAGCUUCAGGAGUGUGCUGGCGAGACCACCUCUACGGAAGAACUGAAAGAGAGGCUGGCCACAGUCAAGUCUAUUAAGAGCACUCUGGAACAAGGCCAGCACAAGCUACGCUAUGUGCUGGAGCUGAAGGAACGUGUCAUACUAAACACAGAACAGGCUGGUGCAGCCACUAUACAGGAAGAUACAGAGAGUGUACGCAAGGACUUUGAGAAGCUAAUGGGCGACAUAUACAGCCUACAGCAAAACCUUAGCUCUAAGUUAUCACGACGUGAAGAAACAGAUAAGAUGCGUGAGACUGUCGUAGAAUGGCUCGAAGAACUCCACUCAAAGGCUACUGAACAGGGUGUCCUGUUCAGUGAGCUGAGUGACAAGCGAGCUGCUCUUGAGAAAUACAGAAUUUUGUUGCGAGAUAUUGCUGCCCAUUGUGAUAUGGUAGAACGCCUGGCUGCUAAGAAGAAUGAUGAGGGAUAUUCAGAGGAAGAAGUUGAAGAAUGCAUCACUAAGUACGAUAGUAUCAAGAAGUUGGUUAUUGAUAAUAUCAAGACAUUGGAGGUAUAUGUAAGAGAGCAUGAGGCUUACUACCAGGCUACAGUUGAGGCCAAUGACUGGCUGAGGAAGCUCCGCAUCACUGUGCAGCAAUAUGCCGACAGCCAUGGUGAGAAGAAGGAAGUCAUUGAAAAGCAACAGCAGCAAGAGGACAUUGCUGAAGAGUUCCCUGAAGGAGAGGAGCUCAUUGACAAGGCUAUUUCGCUGAACAGAUCCAUCAUGGCCUCGACUUCCCCUGACGGUCAAGAUACAUUGAAGACCGAGGCCGACACUCUUCGUAUGGAGUGGGAGAACCUCCAGCAGAUGAGCGCAGACACCCGGCGCACAAUGGAGAAGUGCCUCCAGGCCUGGGACGACUUCUUCGACUCUCACAAGGCGUUCAGCGAGUGGCUGGCGGAGUUCCAGAAGCAGGUUUCCCACUCCCCCGAGGAACCCACCCCAGAGGACCUCGAGAAAUGGAAGGAGCUCCUGCUGGAGGCCAACAACAAGAAGACGGACUUGGAGAUCGUCAACGACCGCUGCGAGGUGCUCAUGGAGUACAGCGCCCACAUGCCCAUCCGGGAUAUGACGGUGCAGCUGCAGUCCAAUUACACCAACGUGCUCACCAACCUGCAGAGUCUCGUGGUGAUCGCCCAGAAGACGCUGACGGACCACACCGAGUUCGUGACGGCCAAGGACGACUUCGAGCGCUGGCUCAGCCGCUCCCAGGGCACCGUCAACGACUGCCAGGAGGAGACGGGGUCGGAGGCCACGGUCCGAGACAAACUGGAGACGGUGAAGCUUGUAUCCACCCGCCUCUCCGAAGGCCAGCACCUCCUGGGUGUCCUGGCGGAGGCCUACACCCGCGCCCUCAACGUGACGCAGGUAGACCAGCAGGAGCUGAUUCGCACGGAGUUCACGAGACUCCGCGCCGAGUGGGACCAACUCAACAUCUCGCUCAACUCCACGCUUUCGAAGCUCAAGGCCGCCGUGAGCCGCUGGGAGGAGUUCGCAGAGUCGCAGACGCGCCUCGACGCCUGGCUGGUGGAGGUGGAGGAGCUGCUGGUGGAGACGCCCGACUCCCGCGGCGAGGUGGCGGAGAUGAAGACGUUCCUGGAGCGCUACAAGAACAUCUCGCUGCAGAUCCAGGAGAAGCAGGAGGAGGUCCAGACCCUGCUGGACGACGCCGAGGAGUUCGCCGAGAUGUCGCAGAACAGCUCGAUCCUGACGCGCGUCGAGGAGGCCGAGUCCAACUGGGAGCGCCUCAACAGCCUCUGCAACGAGAUCAUCAGCAAGCUGGAGGAGGAGAUCUCGGACUUCAACGAGUACCAGGUGGCGCUGCAGGACACCGAGAAGUGGCUGCUGCAGAUCAGCUUCCAGCUCAUGGCCGAGAACUCGCUGUACAUCUGCAACCGCGAGCAGACGGAGGAGCAGAUCGAGAGCCACAACGAGGAGGUGGAGGAGAUCCUGGAGUACCAGGGGACCCUGGACGAGGUCAAGAACAAGGGCCGCAAGCAGAUCGACCGCUACAUCGGCACGGUGCCCUCCAUCCAGGACAAGAUCGAGCGGCAGCUCCACAACAUCCAGGAGAGCUACAACUCCCUCCUGGCGACGGCCAACCACAUCCAGAAGCGACUCAACGAGUCCUUGGCCAAGUUCGAGGAGUACGAGGCCACCCUCGAGUCUAUCCAGAAGAACCUCGAGGAGUGGGAGCCCACCAUCAACGAGGAGAACGACACCACCAUCCAGAGCAUGGAGGAGGCCAAGUACCACCUCGAGUGUACCAGGUCGUGGCACAGCAAGCUCCUGGGAGAGAAAUCCCGCCUGGCCUUCGCCGUGCAGGCCUGCGAGGCCGCCACAGCGUCCAUCUCCCGCCCAGGAUCGCCGCAGGAUGUCAUCUCUCAGAGCAUCCCCGAGAAGGAGCUCGCCGUCAGGGCCAAGCUGGAAGAUCUUAUUGAACAGCUUGAGCGCGGUGAUGACGUCACAGACACCCGACGCGCGGCCAUGGUGGCAUCGUACGGCGUGUGCAAGCAGGUGGAGGAGUCGCUGACGGCGCUGGUCUCCCAGGUCCAGGCGCGCGUGACGACCAUCAGCAACUCGGUGGGCGAGCUGGAGGAGCUGGCGCGGCAGAACGACGCCAUCAAGAAGUGGAUCGAGGAGUACCACCUGCUGGUGCAGGACUUCAAGAGCCGGCCGGCCAAGCUGCGGCCGGAGGCGUCGGCGAUGGAGAUCUCGCAGAUGAACGACCUGCGCUCCAAGAUCAUGGAGAAGCAGAGCAUCCUGGACGAGCUGGAGAUCAAGCAGAUGAACCUGGCGCCGGACAUGGCCGACUCAGACAUCCGCGAGCAGAUGAACCGCCUGGAGGAGGAGGUGACCAACCUGAUGGACUCGCGCACCGUGGUCCUGCAGCACAUCGAGGAGUACCGCAGCAAGUUGCAGAGCGUCUACAGCUGGUUCGACACCAUCAUCAAGCAGCUGGAGAAGUGCGACAAGAGCGACAGUCUGGACUCGUUCAAGAAGUCCGAGGAAGUGCAGCAGCUGUGGAACCAGUUCGAGGACGCGCGCUCGCAACUGGAGGAGCUCAAGCAGAAGGCCGGCGAGGUCAUGCUUGAGCUCUCCAGUCUGGACGUGCAGCAGGUCGAGGAGCAGCUGCGCUCGGUCGAGAAGAAGUACUCUGACCUGCAGAAGCGCGUCGGCAAGAAGAUGCAGGUGAUCGAGAUGACGCGCAAGGGCUACGAGGACUCCAAGGCCGACGUCCUCAGCCUCCAGACGUGGAUCAAGGAGAAGCUGGAGCACCUGCGGGACCUACCCUUCCUCGGCUUCACCAGCAAGGCCACCGAGACCAGCCUCCUCGAAGUCAGCAACCUGUCGAAGGAGGUGUCCGCCAAGAAGAUGCUGCUGACUCAGCUCGAGAAGGCCGUCGAGAAUCUGAAGGGCGACGUGGAGGACUCCGAGCUUGAGAAGCUGGAGAACAUCCUGUCCAAGACGACGGAGGAGCAGGCCGUGCUGCAGGCGACGGUGUCGGAGGUCAAGAACGACAUGAUCGUGUCGUACGAGGAGCGGCGCAGCUUCGAGCAGUCCCUGGAGCAGGUACGGGCGUGGAUCCGCAGCAAGGCCGACGAGGUGGUGUGCCCCGACCUGCUGGCCCUCAAGUCCGAGAACGCCGAGCGCGUCGUCGACAAGUACAAGCGCCUCGACACGGAACUCAAGCAGUACGUCGAGACGAGCAUCGCCGGCGUGAAGAGGCAGGGAAGCGCCCUCUUCAAGGACUGCAACGAAGAGGAGAAGGACGAGCUCCACGACAUUCUGACGGAGGUCGACGAUAACAUGAAUAACAUCCGCCAGACUCUGUCAGGAACAAUCAACAGGCUCUCCAACCUCCUGGAGGCACGGAGGGACUUCGAGAAGGAGGUGGACAUCGCCCAGAAGUGGCUUCACCAGGCUGAGGUCGCCCUCCAGACGGAUAUCAAGAGUCUGAAUACUGCUGACGUCCUUGCGGAACAGCUGAAGAAGCUGGAGACGAUGGAGGACGAGCGCGAGUCCGCCAGCAAGCGAGUGACAAGCAUCGCCAACAUGUGCGAGGACCUGCUGCCGUACCUCACCGAGUCAGACAAGUUCAGCCUCGGCGAAAUCGUGCGAUCUCUGCAGGACAAGACGUUAAGGGUCAACUCCUCCAUCAGCGACAAGACGGAGCAGGUGCGCAACACCAUCACGUCGCAGCGCCGCAACACCGAGAGGAUCGUGCAGAGCACGCAGUAUCUCGCCACAAUCCAGAAGGAGAUCAAGUCCCUCAGCAGGCCGGUGGGCCGCCACGUCGAGGACGCCCAGAAGCUCCUCACAUCGUACCAGGAAGCCCUCAAGAAGGUCAACGAGUUCAGGAAGAGUCUGGAUGACAUGUGCGCCAGCUCUGACGUGAGCGUGGGAGAAAUGCGCGACAUGAUCAAGCAGCAGCAGGAAAUGAUCUUGAUCCUGGAGAAGCAGAUCACCAGGAUCCGCCAGCUGAUUCUGGUGCGACAGCAGUACACCUCUCUUGUCACGGAGAUCUCUGGCUUCGUCAACCGCUACACGACAGUGGUGAAGGACAUCGAGCAGACGGAGAGGACCGUCACUGAUAAACUUCGCAAGUACGGAGAGGUCAUCACCAGAAUCCAGGAAAGCGAGGCUCAGCUGACCUCGGCGCAAGACAAGGGUGCCAUCAUCAGCGAGGAAGGCACUGUGGAGGACCACAACGCCAUCACGGAGCAGCUGCAGGCACUCAAGGUCUCCCUAAGCGGACUGCGCCGAGAGGUCGAGAAGAGGCACUCGGAGCAUGAACUGUCAGCCGAGAGCCACAAGCGCCUGACGGUCGAACUCAACAUGACAAUGGAGUGGCUCUUCGAGCAGGAGUCCGAGCUCAAGACUCGGCCUCUUCUCACCCUGGAGGUCGAGAGUGCUGAUGAGGAGCUCGAGACGCACGAGGAACUCGCUAAGGACAUCGAGGAGCAGCUGAAGAAGAUAGCCGACAUCCAGGAGCGCGCCAAGCAGGAAAGCGGCCUUCCAUACAUCUUGCAGGAGCGGCUGUCUGAGGCCAACAUGGUCGUUGCUACAUUCCCUCUCGAGCUGGAGUCCCGACUCAAAUACCUGAAGGACGCCAAGAUUCUUCGCCUGGACUACGAGGACUUCACCACCAAGAUCAGCGACUGGAUCACGGAAGCCAAGAAGCGCAUCGUCGACGCCGACGGCAUCGACUACGAGAACGUGCGCUCCGACCUGGAGGACCAUCUCGCCUACUUCUCCAGCGAGGGUCUCAUCGGCGAGUCCUUGGAGCAGCUCGGAAAUAUCGCCGAGCGCAUCGUGCCUUCGCUGGCCACCGAGGACCAGGAGGAGCUCACUAACGAGCUCUCGCAGCUCACCAAGGACCUCGACAACGUGACCAAGUCUGCGCGCGACCACAAGGCCCAGCUGGAGAAGAACGUGCAGCUAGUGUGUGAGUACAACGGCGGCCUCGAGAAGGCCCUCGGACUCAUCAAGGAGGCCAACAGCAACCUCCUGCAGGACGACAGCGCCAUCAACGUGGCCGCGCUCAGGGUCAACCUGCAGAGGGUCGACGAGGAGCGCGUGCGCCUCUACGACCAGAGCACCGUCAUCCUCGACUACACUGAGAAGGCCAACGAGCUCCUGCAGGUCGUCAACAAAGACAGCCACGUCCUCGUCGGCAAUCAGAUGAUGCAGGUGAACAGGGACUGGAAAACCGCCCUCGAGAAUAUGGACAAUCGGCGUGAAGCCCUGGGCUCGCUCAUCGCCCAGUGGACCGACUACGACAUGGCUGUCCGCAGCCUCGAACUCGGCCUCAACAACCUUGAGUCGCAACUCGACAAGGAGCUCGACCACGCCGCCACGGAUAACAAGGACAUCGACGGUCUCAAAGAAAAUAUCGAGAGCCUGAUGGAGGAGGCAGAGGACCUUGAGGAGGAGGUGGAAGGCCUGCAGGAGAGGGCAAACGUGGUCCUGCGUUACCUCCACACCGUCAGCGCCGUUGCCUACGCCACCGCCAAGGAGAACUUGGAGAGGCUUACGAGACGUCAUCCUGAGUUGGUCGAGAGCCUCCGAGGUAAGCUGACGUGGCUGAGCGGCGAGGCGUCCUUCGUGGAACACCUUCAGGCGCAACUCAACGACGCGAAGAGGGUCCUCCAGGACGCAGCCGGCGAGGUCGCCGCGCUAGACGUGUACCACCACGAUCACGCGGCCGUUUUGGAUAAAUUACAGAUCGUUGGAUCACGUGUGUCUCAAGCAUCAAGUGAAGCCAAACAGCUCAUCAGUAAGACCAAGAGUCACUACAUAACGGAGAACAGGUCCCUCCCACCGGAGAUAGCAAGCCAGCUGUCAAAUCUAGAGUUAGAAGCGGAGAGCACGGAGGCGAAGAUGGACGACCAGCACGUGGAGGCGAAGCGGGCGCGCACCAUCCGCUUCGAGUACAACCGCGACGUCGAGUCGGUGCAGGCCUGGAUCCAGUCGGCGGAGGCCAAGGUGCAGGAUAAGACCGUCGAGCCUCACAAGCUCAAGGAAUUCCUGCAGGAGAUCCACUGCGAAAUCGGCAGCGUGACGGACCAGCUGGAGAGGCUGACCCGCCACGGACACAUGAUCUGUCAGCGCACCAGCAACCAUAACGAGCGCGAGUUGGUGGCCACCACCAUCACGUCCCUCACGGAGCAGCUGCAGCAGGUGCGCAAUUGGUUGGAGGACAAGAAGGCACAGGUGGGCGACUCUCUCGAGUCAUGGCAGCAGUUCAUCCAGCUUUACAAUUCUCUGCGAAGCUGGGUGGAGAGGCAGAGGAACUUCCUGUCGGAGCCGUUGAAAUUCGCCACACUGUCCGAGGGCCGCGCCAAACUACAGGAGUAUGCGGCUGCCGUGAAAGACUGCAAAUGGGCCAGCAAACAGGUGUCUGAAAUGACGUCAGAGCUGGCCAAAAUCAGCCAGAUUUCGAACGUCGGGCCCCUGACGGACAAGCAAGCCGAGAUGGAGCAGGAGAAAGCGGACGUAGAGAGCAGCCUGAAGGAGCUGAUGGCUCUCCUGCAGGAGAUGACCGAGGAAUGGGAACAGUGCGAGCGGAAAUCGAAGGACGUGGCUGGCUGGAUCGAGAAGACACGCCAGGCGCUGGACAACCCGCAGAACAAGAAGCGGUCUCUGCGUGAUCAGCUCGCCUCGCGCGAGAAGGUGCUGGCCGACGUCACCAUCCAGAAGACAAAGCUGGUCAUGGCCAUGGAGAAGCUGCAGGUGCACUUCCGAGACCGCAUGUGCGCCGAGGCCCAGGUGGCCCACGAGAACGAGCUCCUGCAGGAGCGGCUGGAGGAGUUGCAGGCCACCGUCAAGGAGGACUGCAAGACGCUGGAGGCCUGCGUCCAUCAGAUGGACGCCUACCAGCAGGAGAUUCAGCGGCUCCGACAGCAGAUGGUGCGCGUGGAGCAGGAGCUGAGGGUGGUGUCGAGCCCAACGUACAGCCCCCGUGACAGAGACAAGGCCGUGGCGGAGCAGAACGCUGCCGUGAAAGACUGCAAAUGGGCCAGCAAACAGGUGUCUGAAAUGACGUCAGAGCUGGCCAAAAUCAGCCAGAUUUCGAACGUCGGGCCCCUGACGGACAAGCAAGCCGAGAUGGAGCAGGAGAAAGCGGACGUAGAGAGCAGCCUGAAGGAGCUGAUGGCUCUCCUGCAGGAGAUGACCGAGGAAUGGGAACAGUGCGAGCGGAAAUCGAAGGACGUGGCUGGCUGGAUCGAGAAGACACGCCAGGCGCUGGACAACCCGCAGAACAAGAAGCGGUCUCUGCGUGAUCAGCUCGCCUCGCGCGAGAAGGUGCUGGCCGACGUCACCAUCCAGAAGACAAAGCUGGUCAUGGCCAUGGAGAAGCUGCAGGUGCACUUCCGAGACCGCAUGUGCGCCGAGGCCCAGGUGGCCCACGAGAACGAGCUCCUGCAGGAGCGGCUGGAGGAGUUGCAGGCCACCGUCAAGGAGGACUGCAAGACGCUGGAGGCCUGCGUCCAUCAGAUGGACGCCUACCAGCAGGAGAUUCAGCGGCUCCGACAGCAGAUGGUGCGCGUGGAGCAGGAGCUGAGGGUGGUGUCGAGCCCAACGUACAGCCCCCGUGACAGAGACAAGGCCGUGGCGGAGCAGAACGUGCUCCAUGGCCAGUAUGAAUCUCAGCAACGACAAAUUGUCGAGCUCACCCAACGAAUCUACCAGAUUGACCCCAGUGCGGUGAUUCCGACCGAGCUAACGCUAGACACGACCGAAACGAGCACUACUCUUACCUCUUCGCUUGACACGCCCCCCGACGAGGAGGCGGCCCAGGCCUCCCUUCUGCAAUCUACCAGGCCUGUAUGCGUGGCCGACUCCUCCGCGCAGGACGUCCAGGUUGUGAUCACGCAAGACAUCAUUACAGGCGACAUGGACGCCAUGGAUUCCGAAGUGAAAACGCUGACGGCGCAGAGCACGAGGAGCGGCCAGGUGCAGGUGGACGGCCGCACUAUGAUCGUCACUCCUGACGCGGGGCUGCAGAUAACGUGGGCCGACGUGGCGGCAGGACGCAAGAGUCCUGGCAUAUACGGCCAGACCUUCCCCGAGGAUGGGAGCAUAGCGCCAUCUUCAGUGUCCCCAAGUCAGUAUGCUGGAGAACCCAGCGCGACGCCGGAACUUAGCACGUCGUCGUCCUUGCCUGUGACACCAACUUUAAAAGAGGAAUCAGUGAGAGAGGAAAGUGUUGUUGUAAGUGUUAGUGUUGAUGAAAUGCAUGAAAGUGUCCCUGCAGAGGCUGACAUGACAGCCGCUGCUAGUCAUGUUGUAGGGACUACCUACAAAGAUGAAAAACAAGUGAUUCGUGACCGUAGAAAUCGUCAACAAGACCGUCAACAACAGUUCGCCAAGACACAGAAGUCUCAAAGUUUCGAGCAAGAUGCAAAGGCAACCCGACGUGUUCAGCAGCGGGAUCGUCGAUACCGGAAGAAACAGCCGGGAGAACAAGCGGGAGAUCGCCCCUCUGAGGCUCAAGAGGAAGUUUACUAUGAUGCCUCCAGCCGCAGAAGUAGCCGAAGGAGCAGUCCAAGAAGUGCUCCCUAUCCCAAGCCCAAAUUUAGUCCAAGAGAAAGUCCGAAAGAUACUCCCAUGGUCACUCCAAAGUCCAGUCCUACCCCCAGUCCAAAGGCAAGUCCCCAAGUGAGGCGACGCACGAAUCAGAAGAUGGGAAGCAGGACCGAGAUGACAGAGCAGCCCAGGAGGAUCGUCCAGGAAGAGAAGGCCUACAGGUCGAUUCCGACAACACGCUGGGAUGGAAAGAUCACUUAUGCUGAUAUUCUCAAGGGCAAAUUAGAAGCACAUGGACGGCAGGAUGUUGACGACAAUACUCUCGAAUAUGGGACUGUAGCUCAAAAUGUACAAGCUCAAAAUGAGGUCCAUACAGUCAGUAUGGCCGAAAUAACUAGUCAUGUCACUUCCCAUUCUGUAACUACCACAAUGGUCUCUUCGGCUGUUGUCUGUGAUAUGUCAGAGUCUAUGACCCACCUUGAUCAAGAGGAAGAAUGUGCUGUACCAGAUGAGAUGCUGCCCAUCAGCGAUACUGUAGACUCCCGCACUAUCAGCCAACACCAACCAGAAGAAGUAGUCAUGCCAUCAUAUUCAACUUACUCUGAGCAGGAUGCCUACCUUAUUGACAACAUAGCAGCCCCUCCAUCACAUGGAGAUUCUUCAUACCAAGAGGCUGCCACUGUGCCCAUGUUCCAGCAUGGAUACCCGGUAGAUGUGCAGAACAUGCAGACUCCCAUGAAUCCCAUACCAACAAUGGAAAAUUCUGUACAGGGUAUUGUCAUGAAUAGCAAUAUCGACCCCAUCAACUUUUACCAGGGAAUGGGCCAGUAUCCUGUUACAACAAACUACGCACCUGAGGGAUAUAAUGUGCAAUCCUAUGGUCAGAUUAAUGACUAUCAGCCAACAAGUGAAACUAGCAAUGACUACUCCAGUGUAACUCUAGAGCAGCCUCCUCCCGAGGACACCACCACUGUGAACGUGAUGACAACUCAACCAGCUGUGACCCCACCUAUGAUGACCCCACCUGAGACCCCUGAUCAGUAUCAGGAGGAGGAGGAAGUAAUAGAACAAGAAGAACCAGUUCAAGUACCUUCCAUGGUGUUUGAGCCAACUCAAGCUCAAAUGGAAGAAAGCAUGACAUCAAAGCAGAUACCUCCUGAAUUCAAACAACAGACAUACAUCACCACAGAGCAGCUUCACUCAGUGAUGGCAGACCCAGCAUCGGCGAGGCUGUCAUAUGCUCAGAUCCUUGCAAGAGGUCUGAAGGCGGCCCCUUCAGCUGUUGUCACACAUACAUAUGGAGCACUAAAAUCAGUCAUGUCAUAUGUGAAGGGACCAACUCAUCCUGAAAAAGUUACACAUACUGAACACAAGGUCGAAUAUGGAGAAGCUCCUGGCAAGCAAACUAUUGACUACCAAACUUCAGUCACACAGUCAUAUACAUAUGAUAACGAUAGAUCACGAGGUAAGAAGAGGACCUAUGAACCUAAGAUUGAAGUCACUCCAGUCAAGAUUACAGAAACAAAGGAAACUAAGAAAGAGGAGGUUCAGCGUCCUGAGAACUACAUCCCUGGCCUACUUUUCAAGGAGGAUGGAAGAUCUCGUUCCAAGAGUGCCCGAAGAAGGAAGGCAGAAAUGGUUUAUGGGGUGGAAGAGGUCCCUGAAAUAAAGAGGGAGAGGAGCACAGAGAAACACAGACGCUCCACUGAAAGAAAGGAAGUGAAAAGUAAGCGAGAAGUAUUCUUUGAAGAAACACAGCCUGAAGAAACCCACAUGGAAGUCACACUGCCUGUGGCACAAGAUGUGUUGUCCACGACAACCUCACGAUCUUCCAAGAGCAAAGAUGAGUUUGUGGUUACAGAAAUACAUUAUGAGACAACUCCUGAGACGCCGUUUGUGAUUGAUCACUGGGAAAACCAAGAAAAGAAGGAAGAAAAGACUGAAAAAAUAAAGCAGAAGACUGUUAUUACUGAUGAAGAGGACAUGAAACAUGAAGAAAAUGACACCAAGUCUCUCAGUAAUGACACAAAAACUCAUGACAGUGAAGAAAAGCGCAAGAAGAAGAAGAAACGUAACAGAUCCAACCCAAAAGAAGAAGAGGAAGAUGAAUUAGAAAAGGCACUCAGAGAAAUUGCAGAAAUGGAAAGGAGUGGCAAGAUCCAGCCUCCUCCUGCUCCAAAGGAAGUUGCUGUAGAAGAUGACAAGCCUAAACGCAGAGGCUCAAGAAAGACAAGGAAGACUGAGCAGACCUCAUCAGUAAAACAAGAACAAACUUCCAGCGACACAUCAGUAAACGAACAGAAAUCAGAAGUGACAGUUAAGCCUGAAAAAGCCAAGAGAGCCCAUAAAUCUAAGACUUCAGAGGAUAAGAAAUCAGCUCCAGAAACCAAGACUAGCGAGCCUGAGAAACGCAAAUCCGCCUUUAAGAAGGCCAAGAGUGUGAGCUUUAACUCAGAUGACAAAGAAAAAGAAACUUCCAAACUGUCGCAAGAGACAAAGCUGGCAAAAUCAGAGCAUGAGGAGACCGUAGUAGAAUCUAUGCAGACUCAGAUUAGGGAGGAGCAAAAGUCACCUGUCUCUAAGAGAUCUAAAGUUUCUUCUAAACAUGCGAAGAGGCCUGUAGAAGUAUCAGUACCUGUGCAAGUGGCAGUGUCCUCUAAUGACCAACCUAAUGAUGUCCCUGUUGACCCUGUAGCUGAUGCUCCUAACCUAUCCCUUUUUGCCCCCAUAACUCCUGUAGAUACUUGUUGUGUAUCUUCAGUAGAGACUCCCUUCUCCCCCUCUGAGGCCAUUCAAGUUGAGACCAGUGUCGGGUAUGAUGAAAGCAUUUCGUCAGAGAUGGCUGUGAAAGAGCAGGAAUGGGACCUCUCACGUGAUGGUGCGGCUCUUGCCCCGUCGGAGAGGUCACUUGCACCAAUUACAUCUCCUGACAAAGUUAGCGCCUGUCUGGAACUCAAAGAUGAGGGUGGACUUCCCCUCAGCACUGUGGACACUCAUGAUACUUGUGUGGAACUGAAAAUAACAAGCGUUUCAACUUCCGAGGAAACAGCACCAGCAGAAGAAAUAACUAGAUCUCAGACUCAAGAGAAAUCAACAGAGGAGAAACCUGCCUUUGCACUUCCCAUCCCAGAUCAUGCAAAUGACUGGAUGGAAGUCAUAGAGGAUGGCGGUUUUACUCUUGAUGAUGAGGACGAGGAGAUCGUUGAAGAUAAACAAGAACCUGUCGCUGAGGUCCUUGCACCUUCACCUGGAGAUACUAAACCUGAUGUGGAGUCAAGUAUUAAACCAGCAUUUGGCCUUCCCAUUCCCGAACAUGCUGGAGAUUGGAUGGAAAUAAUUGAAGAGGGAGGUUUUACACUGGAUGACGAAGAAGAAGAAAGUAUAAAGGAUGCAGUUGAAGAGUCCCACCAAGGCAAAGUAAAGAUAGUCACAGAUAAGACAAUCAGAAUCCCUGAAAAGGAAGAGAAGAAAACAACUGAGGAAUCUGAGAAGGCCACUGUUGUGAGAACUAUCAAACGAAUCAUCAAAAAGAUUGUGAUCAUUGACGGCAAGCCUGUAGAGACUGAGGAAGUUGUGGAAGAACCUGGAAGUGCUAGUGAGGCAAUGGAUGAGGGAACAAUAGGAGAAUCAGUCAUUACCGAGACCAUAACUGAACCAAGGGAGAUAACCACCACCCGCAAAAUCACCAGGAGAAGAAUAAUUAAGAAAAUAAUUAUGGUCAAUGGUAAACCUGUUGAAACUGAGGAAGUUGUAGAAGAUCCUGAGGAAGUGAGUGAAGAGACAGAAACAUUGCCAGGUGAUUCGAACAUUACCGAAAUAAUGACAGACCCUGAAGUGACAACAAGAAUUGUAAGAAGAAUCAUGAGAAAACGAAUCAUUAAGAAAACUGUCAUAAUCGAUGGAAAACCUGUAGAAACUGAGGAAGUUAUCGAAGAACCGGAAGAUGUUUCAGAGGAGAUCGUAGAGGGAACACAACCAACAGAGUCUGUGAUUACUGAGACUACCACAGAACCUGAAGUGACAACGACUCACAGAAUCAUCAGGAGAAGAAUCAUCAAGAGGAUUAUCAUGGUUGAUGGUAAACCAGAGGAAGUUGAAGAAGUUGUGGAAGAACCAGAGGAUGUCACUGAUGAAACUACAGCAGAGAGACAACCUUACCAAUCUGUCAUCACAGAAACUAUCUCAGAACCUGAGGUGACCACUACUAGAAAGAUCAUUAGGAAGCGAGUCAUCAAGAAGACCAUAAUUGUCGAUGGCAAACCUGUUGAGACUGAGGAAGUUGUGGAAGAACCUGAAGAGAUCAGUGAAGAAGAGCUGCAAGCCUUACCCCAAGACUAUGUUACCACCGAGACCAUUACAGAACCUGAAGAGGUGAUCACAACUCGCAAGAUCAUCAGGAGAAGAAUCAUCAAGAAGAUCAUUAUAGUUGAUGGUAAACCUGUUGAAACUGAGGAGGUUGUGGAAGAACCUGAAGAGAUCAGUGAAGAGGAGCUGCAAGCCUUACCCAAAGAUUAUCUUACCACUAAGACCAUCACCCAGCCUGAAGAGGUGAUCACAACUCGCAAGAUCACCAGGAGAAGAAUUAUCAAGAGGAUUAUUAUAGUUGAUGGUAAACCUGUUGAAACUGAAGAGGUUUUGGAAGAACCCGAGGAAGUGUCUGGGGAGUUGUUUGAGGGAAAAUCAGGAGAAUCUGUCAUCACUGAGACCAUCACUGAACCUGAUGAAGUAACAACCACAACAGUGCGCAAAAUAAUAAGGAAGAAAAUUAUCAAAAAAGUUGUCAUCGUUGAUGGUAAGCCCGUUGAAACAGAAGAAGUUAUUGAGGAGCCUGAAGAGGUUGGUGAAGUGACUGAAGAAAAACCAGGAGAAUCAAUCAUCACUGAGACUAUAACAGAACCUGAGGAAGUGACCACUACACAAAGAAUUGUUCGAAAAAGAAUAAUCAAGAAAACAGUUAUUGUUAAUGGGAAACCUGUCGAGACUGAAGAGGUUGUAGAAGAGCCUGAAGAAGUUACCGAGGAAAUGAUACAACCUGCAGAUACAGCUGGCAUAGUCUUCACUGAUACUAAGGAGGGAACUACCACCCAAAGAAGAAAAAUCAAGAGAACUGUCAUGGUUGACGGCAAACCUGUGGAAAGUGAAGAGGUCGUAGAGGGACCUGACGAUGUAAAUGUCACAGAAGAAAUGCGUCCAGAUUAUUCUGUGAGCACUGAGACCAUCACAGAACCUGGGGUAACGACUACACGUAGAGUCAUCAGAAAACGAAUUAUCAAGAAAAUUAUUAUGGUUGAUGGAAAGCCUGUGGAAGAAAUUAUAGAAGACACUGAGACCAUCACAGAACCUGGGGUAACGACUACACGUAGAGUCAUCAGAAAACGAAUUAUCAAGAAAAUUAUUAUGGUUGAUGGAAAGCCUGUGGAAGAAAUUAUAGAAGAGCCAGAAGAAAUUGAAGGAUCCCCUGAAACUUCUCAUCCUGCAGGUACAUAUGUUUCAGAAACCACAGCAGAACCUGAAAUAACAACAAAAAUUAUCAGGAGAAUCAUUAGGAGGAAAAUCAUCAAGAAAAUUAUCAUAAUUGAUGGCAAACCAGUAGAAACUGAAGAAGUUGUUGAGGAACCUGAAGAUAUAGUAGAAGAAUGCACAGGCACAGACGUUCAGCCAGAGUCGAUGGUCAUAGAAGAAAUGACUGGCCCUGACACCACAACUUCAACUUCAAAGAUUAUUCGUAAGAGGAUUAUAAAGAGAAUCAUCAUGGUGCAUGGCAAACCUGUGGAAACAGAGGAAGUUGUUGAAGAGCCAGGGGAGGAGGAACUACUACCAGAAGAAACAGUCACCACCGAGACCAUCACAGAACCUAAUCAAAUCACCACUACUACUAAAAUCAUUAAGAGAAGAAUCAUCAAGAAGAUCGUCAUGAUUGAUGGUAAACCUGUUGAAACUGAGGAAGUUGUAGAAGAUCCAGUGGAUGAGAGUGAAAAGAUGGCCGAAGAAAAACUUCCAGGCGAUUCUGUCAUCACAGAAACCAUUACAGAACCAGGCACAACAAUUACACAUAGAAAAAUCAAAAGGAUAAUCAAGAAAAUAAUUAUGGUAGAUGGUAAACCAACUGAGACUGAAGAAGUUGUGGAAGAACCUGAUGAUGUGACAACAAUAAUUGGUCAAGAAGUUUCCCCUGAGCAAAUGACCCAGUCAGAAUCCCACAUGACAGCCACAACUGUCAGGAGAGUCAUUCGCAGAAGGAUUAUAAAGAAGAUUGUCAUCAUCGACGGCAAACCUGUAGAGACAGAGGAGGUCAUUGAAGAACCAGAGGAUGUCACUGAGGAAAUGAUGCGCAGCCUCCCAGCUGACUCUCCCAUUACCAAGACGAUCACAGAUCCGUCAGUAUCGCCAUCAACUGUGCGCAGGAUUAUUAAGAGGAAAGUUAUCAAGAAGAUAAUCAUAGUGGAUGGUGAGCCUGUAGAAACUGAGGAAGUGGUAGAAGAGCCAGAUGAUGUGGUACUAGUGCAUGAGGAAGUGGCAAAAUGUGAUGUGUUGGAUGAACCUCAAGGCGAAAUAUCAGACAUUUCAGUGAAGGAAAGUGUUAAACCAGUGUCAAAAAGGAUUGUGAUGGAAGAGGGCAAAUCACUUGUGUCGGAGAUGGAGGUGGAUGAGCCAGUUAUAGUGGUAGAGGGAACCCUUAGGGAAGAUACACCAGGAGAUUUGACAGUUGAGGUAUCUGAGGAAAAGAAAAUAUUUGCUCUCCCUGUCCCCGAUCAUGCUAAUGACUGGAUGGAACUUAUUGAGGGAGGAGGAUUUUCUCUUGAGGAUGAGGAUGAGGAACCAGCAGUUGAUCAAGCCUCUCUGGAUGACAAGACUGUUGAAACUGUGAUUGCGCAAGAGAAGAAGGAAAUUGAGGAGAGAAAAGUUGAAAUUAAGAGCAGUGGAAAUGUGGAAACAGAAGUUGUCAACAGUGCCAUGGAACAGCCAAAAGAAAAGGAGGUAGAUGCUAAGCCUGCUUUUGGUCUUGUGUUGCCAGACCAUGCUAAUGACUGGUUAGAAAUCCUUGAAGAUGGAGGAUUCACUCUUGAAGAUGAGGAUGAAGAAACACACAAGGAGUCCAAGGAAAAGGAGGUCCAGGAUGCCACUCCUUCCAUACCAGUCUCAACAACCACUGUUGUUCCCUCGACUGAAGACAAAACGGAUAAGACUAAAGUGGAAGAUGUCAAACCUUUUGCUCUGCCCAUACCAGAUCAUGCUAAUGAUUGGAUGGACAUGAUUGAAGGUGGAGGAUUUACACUUGAGGAUGAAGAGGAAGAGAAGAAACCAGAACAGGAGAGUGUUCCUCGUCAAAUCCCUGAUGAAAAGACCACAGAAAAGGAGAGUCUCCAGAAACCUGAGGUUAAUAAACCAUUUGGACUUCCAGUGCCAGACCAUGCCAAUGACUGGAUGGAAAUAAUCCAGGAAGGUGGAUUCAGCUUACAAGAUGAGGACGAAGAACCACCAGCUUCAGAGGGCACUGAAGUAGCCACCAAAUGUCAGCCAGAGAUUCCCAAAGAUCCAGUUGCGAGGGAAGAAGAGAGCAAACCCAAGUAUGCACUCCCAAUCCCUGAUCAUGCCAACGACUUCAUGGAGAUCAUUGAAGGAGGAGGCUUCUCUCUCGAUGACGAAGAAGAAACAGAAGACACUAAGGCACAGGAAAAGUUAAAGAGAGAAGAGGAGGUGGAGACAGAAGCCACGACAACUUACACAACUCUCAUUAAAUCAAAACACCUUGUCCAUGCAACAUAUGUCAUGCAAGAAAACACAGAUAGCCAGGAGGUUCACAGUGACAACCCAGGACAUGAAAAGGAAGGAAAUCCUGGUCAUGGAAAGAAAGGACAAAAAUCUUCGAAGAAAUCACAGGAAACAUCUUCAUAUGCCCUUGCUCUUGCUACUGGAAAGCCUAUCCCUAAAGAAGAACUUAAGGAGGAACCCAAGAAACCAUACCGCUACCGCAACCCAUCUACAAGCGAAGAGCAUCCUCCUGAAGAUAACCCUCAUCCAGCAGCAAAGAAAGACCCUGAAGGAUUCGAAGAAUUUGUGUCCAAGAAGGAAAAACGUCGAAGGAAGAUGCAUAGUGACACAGAAAAGCAAGUGUCAGAAGAACAAACACAAGGCCAGUCAACUGAAGUCAAGGGUAAUCCUGGUAAUCCAGGUGAAGAAACUGAAAAAGAAAAAGCUGAGGCUCAUCCCUCAACAUCUCAGCCAGAGAAAGAGGUGGGGUCAAGAAAGACUAAGGAAAAAUCUCCCAAAGAAGGCAAGAAUCCUAAAGAUUCUAACCCAGACCCUACCUCGCCACUAAAGGAGGAGGGUGAUUUGGUAAUCCCUGAACUCAAGACUGAAACCGUAGCUGAAUCAGAUGUGGCUGUUGUCAAACUAAACGUUCAGGCAGACAUUAAACCAGAUACAAAGUCAACAGUUCCGGUGGUGUCAGACUCAGAGGGUUCUAUGGCAUCAUCUAUGCUCUCGGUUGCAUCUGUGAGCCCUCGACCCACCAGUCCACACCUUAUCAUUGACGACCUUAGUGACAUUGUUUUGACUCCUCAAUGGAUGCGUCAGAGGCCGAUUGUUCGUACCUCCAGCACUGAAGAAAAGAUCAAAAUUCCGCUGGAGGAACGUAAAAAACUCUUCAAAACAAGAAGUGCUCCACUAGAAAACCCUACCUCGCCACUAAAGGAGGAGGGUGAUUUGGUAAUCCCUGAACUCAAGACUGAAACCGUAGCUGAAUCAGAUGUGGCUGUUGUCAAACUAAACGUUCAGGCAGACAUUAAACCAGAUACAAAGUCAACAGUUCCGGUGGUGUCAGACUCAGAGGGUUCUAUGGCAUCAUCUAUGCUCUCGGUUGCAUCUGUGAGCCCUCGACCCACCAGUCCACACCUUAUCAUUGACGACCUUAGUGACAUUGUUAGGAACGUUAAAAAACUCUUCAAAACAAGAAGUGCUCCACUAGAAAGUACUUCUCUUUCCUUCGAAACAAUCGAAGCUCGGGGUAUAGAUAUAUCCGAUGCCGCUUUUGGUUCAGUGCAGGAAAGAAAGACACUUUCAGCUAACAUAGAAAGCACAGGUACCUCUGACAGUGACAUCUCGGCCUUGGUUCCUGGAGAUGAAUACUAUAAGAAUAAAAAGAAAAGGCCCAAGAAGUCAAGGAGUAAGAGAGGUGAACAUGAUAAUGGCCAUGAUGAUGAUCUUGAUCAACAAGAUAAACCAUCAGAAGGUUUACAACUGCAAACAGAUAUGGACACUGUGGAAGCUCUUAAGGAAGCAACUGCUCCAAGUAAGCCUAUAGACCGAGAUGAGGAUGAGAUGAAGAAAGAUGAAGACAAACUCCCAUCUCAAGAAAAGUAUAAACCUAAGCCUCAGAGGGAAGUCAAAGCUUCUGUGGCAGAGAAAGAAGAGUCUGUGGUAGAAAAAGAAGUGUCUGUGGCAGAAAGUGUUACUGAACAAACAUCUCACGAAAAAAUUGAACUUGAGCCACAAGUCAAGGAUGAGGAACUUGUGAAGUUGGAAAAUGUUAAACAAAUGCCAACUCAGGAAAAGCUUGAGAUCUGGGAAGAAGCAGGUAUUGAAGUUAUUACUGCAGGUGAUUUGGUAAUGCACCACGAGCAACUUGUUUUGCCAGGUAUGAUUCCUCUAUCACAGCAACAGGAAAGGCAAGAGCCAGUUGUUGAAUCUACACACCCAUGGACAUUUUCUAAGAAAGAUGAAAGCGUAGGACUUCAAAAGGUUGUACCUAAUAUCGAGGAGGCUCUCCAGGAGGCAAUGACAUCAGAACUCGAUGUUCUGGAUGAUCGUGUGCAGGAAAAGCCAAAGGAGGAGCCGAAGCCAGAGCCAGAACAGCCACUAGCCAAACCUGUGGAUGACUGGAUGCAUGUGACCGAUGUUGACAAGUUCACCAAGGAAGUCGAAAGUGAAGAAAAGGCUCGGGAACAAGCUGUAAUGAAGGAGGAAAUCGGUUCCCAUGAAACUAUCAUGACUGAAGAGGGUGACAGUGUUUUAAUAACAACAUCUGAAGGGAAGUCUUUGACUUCUCUCGAAACAAUGACCGAGGAAAGUCAAUUCAGCAGCCUACCAGCUGAUACAGAGAUGGCAGAGGAAAGCUGGAGUGAACAUAAAUCAAUAGAUUCUGGAGUGAGUGUUGCCACUGCAUCAGUUGAACAAGAGUCUAGCCAGCAUCCACAGUCAUAUGCCAACAUCCUCAUUACAGCUCCAGCUGUGAUUGUCGAGGAACCACCUGAAGAACCCAAGAAGCAAUAUGUUUAUCGAACCCCAACUGUGGUUGAAAAGAUUAGUGUUGAAACUGAAGCUCCUGCUAUGCCUGUAGCUGAUGAGGAAGGCUUCGUAGAAUUUGUUUCUAAACGAGAGAGACAUCGUAGAAAGACACAGAGCACCUCUGGCAUCACUGAUGACAUCAAGGAGGAAGUGAACUCUGCUAUGGCUAAGGAACCCAAAAAGGAAGAAAGCAUAGAGAAAAGCAAGGAUGAACGCUCAGAAGCUGAGCAGGAUGACGAAAUUAGUUUAACAGAAAGUGAUGAUGAUAAUAGUUUGUUUAAAGCUCUAAAACCGAGGAAACCCAAGAAGUCAAAAGACAAAAAGGACAAAAAGAGAGUAUCGAAAAUGUCAGAGUCUGAAAUAGAAAUAUGUAACAUUGCGGCUGCAAUUGAAAGAGGAGAAACACCUCCUAAACCAAAAGAUGUGGUUGAAUACGAGCACAGACUCUUUGCGGCCUUUUACUUGGGUUCAGAGCUGUGGUAUGACGUUUUUGGCAUCCGUGAUGCUGAGAGCAAUUAUCACAUGUACUUGGCAACUACCUCACAAGAGGCAGUCCCUCAAGAUGAACCAGUCCAACCUGACCUAAUUUCCGAGGUUGACGAUCAAGCAGGACUUCAACCUGAUGAUCAAGUUUCACCAGAGACUGAGCCUGUUCAGUAUUUAAUGGUAUUUGAACAAGAGUCUCCCAAGUAUGAUAUGAGUGCCAUCUUGGAGUGUGAGACAAGAUACUAUGAGUAUCUUACAAAUGAGCAGCAGCAGCAGCAACAGCUUUUGGAUGAAGAAACAGAAGAGGAAGAGAGAAUGACUCCUGUACAGGACACACCUGAAGAGAAGGUAUUGGUAGUCCAGGAGGAAAAUACUAAGACAGAAACUGAGACAGAGCCAAACCAAAAAGAUGAUACAUCAGAAAUCAGUCAGCCUGACAUUAAGAAGCAUGAUUAUGUAACAGAUCCAGAAAAGAUGAUAGUAGAUGCUGAUAUGCAAUUCGAAGAUCAGGUGCCAGAAACAGCUAAAAAUAUUGUAAGUGAAAAGAAGGACCUCGAAAUGCCGAUUAGUGAUGUUGAAGUGAAAACAGAUAUUGACAUUACUCAUAUGACAUCUGAAGUGACUUCUACAACAGUUAAGACACAGGUUACCACAGAUCUCGCGAUAAGUAAAGAUGUGGAAGAUAUACCAGCAUUGACAGAAGAGGUUAUACCAACCGAAUUUGAACCAAAAACAGAAGCUGAAAAUAUUACAGGUGACCAGGCAGUUAGGUAUGAUACUACCUCUAUCCAAGAUACCGAAAAAGAUUAUCAGGCAUACUUAGUUGACUCAGGUGAACUUGAACCUCAACAUGAAGUUGAAGAAAAACAAGAAUUGGAUUCUGUUCCUGGUAUUCCUACAGUGUCCACUCUGAAUUACGACAUGUCAGCCAUCCACCAAGCUGAAACCAAGUACCAUGAAUACCUUGCCCAGACAGAUGAAGCAAGUACCUCAUGGGCUCGCGUUGUGGCUCAGGGAAAACCCGUAGAUGUAGAGGAUGUGGAGGAGGAGCCAAAGGAUGAUAAAUCCUUUAUCAUGUACCAGACCAAGACAGUGAAGGUUGUGGUGACUGAUGAAGAGCCUCCUAAACCACAGGUGCCUGUAUCAGUUGAUGAAGAAGGAUUCAAGGAGUUCGUUUCCAAGCAAGAGCGCCGUCGCAGACUGAGGUCAUCAUGCUCAGAGGAACCAGAGGAUGUGAAAGACAUUGUGCCUUAUGUACCACGAAUAGAGUUACCAGAAGUAGGAGUUGUGGAAGAGAAGGAAGAGGUUGAAACCAAAGAACCUGAACCUGUGAAAGUCAAGCCUGAAGUACAAAUCGCGGAUGAAAGUGUAAUUGAAACAUUCGAAGCCGCACUUCAGCGUGUCAGGAAACACAAAGAAAGUCACAGAAGAAGCCGCACAUACACUGCUGAAGCUGAGAAGGAAGUUGAUGACAUUAUCCGUUUCAUGAACCGUGAUGAAGUCUUGCAGCAGUAUCUUGCCCUUGACUCCUUCGUGAUGGACAUGUGGCAGGCUUGUGACUGUGAAAGAAAAUACCAGGAAAUGGUAGCUUGGUCAGCUGAGGGUGAUCUUGAAGCUGAGACUUUAGGCCUAAUGGAGGAAUCUAGUCAGACACAAGAAGAGUGCAUUGCCCCCAGCCCUUCACCAGUAAUUUCCCUAGGUGCCUUGUCUGAACCCCCUCUUGAUUAUCCUGUUCACACCACUUAUUUUGUCACUCCUGAGCUAACUUCAUCUUUUUCAUAUGACAUAACCGCAAUCAAUGAGGCUGAGUGUAGGUAUUACGAAUACUUAGCGCAGCGUGAGCUGGAUGUGAAGAGUGAGGAGCUUAUUGAUGUGACUGAGGAACCUUUACUGCCAACUGAAGGUAAGGUCCAGUUGCCAGAAUUGGUUAAUGAAACAGAGGUUGUCCAGAUUCCUGUAGUUGCUGUCAGAACAGAUGGGGUUGUACAGACGCCAACAGUAACUGAGAAGAAGGAAGAAUUUAUUCAGGAAGCUAUCAUCAGUGACAGAAAAGAGGAACCUAUGAUGGUUGACAGGAAGGAAAGGGUGAUCGAAGAACCUGCUGCUGUAGACAUAAAGGUAAAUGUUCAUGAACCUGUGGUGGUCGAGAUUAAGCAAGAAAUAACCCAAGAAUCUACACAGGUUGAUAGAAUCGAAGAGGUUGUCCAAACCCCGGUAAUUGUUGAUAAACAGGAGGAGACAGUCCUGAAGACUGUUGUACUCGAGAACAAAGAAGUGAAUGUUCAAAAACUAAUGGUUGUUGAUGAAAACAAAGAGGUUGUAGAUAAGCCCUUAGUAUUAGAAAGAAAGGAAGAGGUUGUCCAAACACCUAUAGUGAUGGAAGACUUAAGAACUGAUACAGAGCAAGUACAAAUCCCACAGGUGUCAUCGGACAUGGUGGUUGGUGAAAUACUCGAAUAUAACAUGACAGCUAUUCAAGAAGCUGAAAGGGAUUACCAGUUAUACCUGACUGAUGCACAUGAAGUUCAGCCACAAGAAGAAGCUGUUGAUGAACAAGAGGAGGAUGACUCCUUGUCUAGUGCAGCUGUUGACUCAAUGUCCACUCUGAAUUAUGACAUGUCAGCCAUCCACCAAGCUGAAACCAAGUACCAUGAAUACCUUGCCCAGACAGAUGAAGCAAGCACCUCAUGGGCUCGCGUUGUGGCUCAGGGAAAACCCGUAGAUGUAGAGGAUGUGGAGGAGGAGCCAAAGGAUGAUAAAUCCUUUAUCAUGUACCAGACCAAGACAGUGAAGGUUGUGGUGACUGAUGAAGAGCCUCCUAAACCACAGGUGCCUGUAUCAGUUGAUGAAGAAGGAUUCAAGGAGUUCGUUUCCAAGCAAGAGCGCCGUCGCAGACUGAGGUCAUCAUGCUCAGAGGAACCAGAGGAUGUGAAAGACAUUGUGCCUUAUGUACCACGAAUAGAGUUACCAGAAGUAGAAGUUGUGGAAGAGAAGGAAGAGGUUGAAACCAAAGAACCUGAACCUGUGAAAAUCAAACCUGAAGUACAAAUCGCGGAUGACAGUGUCAUUGAAGCAUUCGAAAUAGCACUUCAGCGUGUCAGGAAACACAAAGAAAGUCACAGAAGAAGCCGCACAUACACUGCUGAAGCUGAGAAGGAAGUUGAUGACAUUAUCCGUUUCAUGAACCGUGAUGAAGUCUUGCAGCAGUAUCUUGCCCUUGACUCCUUCGUGAUGGACAUGUGGCAGGCUUGUGACUGUGAAAGAAAAUACCAGGAAAUGGUAGCUUGGUCAGCUGAGGGUGAUCUUGAAGCUGAGACUUUAGGCCUAAUGGAGGAAUCUAGUCAGACACAAGAAGAGUGCAUUGCCCCCAGCCCUUCACCAGUAAUUUCCCUAGGUGCCUUGUCUGAACCCCCUCUUGAUUAUCCUGUUCACACCACUUAUUUUGUCACUCCUGAGCUAACUUCAUCUUUUUCAUAUGACAUAACCGCAAUCAAUGAGGCUGAGUGUAGGUAUUACGAAUACUUAGCGCAGCGUGAGCUGGAUGUGAAGAGUGAGGAGCUUAUUGAUGUGACUGAGGAACCUUUACUGCCAACUGAAGGUAAGGUCCAGUUGCCAGAAUUGGUUAAUGAAACAGAGGUUGUCCAGAUUCCUGUAGUUGCUGUCAGAACAGAUGGGGUUGUACAGACGCCAACAGUAACUGAGAAGAAGGAAGAAUUUAUUCAGGAAGCUAUCAUCAGUGACAGAAAAGAGGAACCUAUGAUGGUUGACAGGAAGGAAAGGGUGAUCGAAGAACCUGCUGCUGUAGACAUAAAGGUAAAUGUUCAUGAACCUGUGGUGGUCGAGAUUAAGCAAGAAAUAACCCAAGAAUCUACACAGGUUGAUAGAAUCGAAGAGGUUGUCCAAACACCUAUAGUGAUGGAAGACUUAAGAACUGAUACAGAGCAAGUACAAAUCCCACAGGUGUCAUCGGACAUGGUGGUUGGUGAAAUACUCGAAUAUAACAUGACAGCUAUUCAAGAAGCUGAAAGGGAUUACCAGUUAUACCUGACUGAUGCACAUGAAGUUCAGCCACAAGAAGAAGCUGUUGAUGAACAAGAGGAGGAUGACUCCUUGUCUAGUGCAGCUGUUGACUCAAUGUCCACUCUGAAUUAUGACAUGUCAGCCAUCCACCAAGCUGAAACCAAGUACCAUGAAUACCUUGCCCAGACAGAUGAAGCAAGCACCUCAUGGGCUCGCGUUGUGGCUCAGGGAAAACCCGUAGAUGUAGAGGAUGUGGAGGAGGAGCCAAAGGAUGAUAAAUCCUUUAUCAUGUACCAGACCAAGACAGUGAAGGUUGUGGUGACUGAUGAAGAGCCUCCUAAACCACAGGUGCCUGUAUCAGUUGAUGAAGAAGGAUUCAAGGAGUUCGUUUCCAAGCAAGAGCGCCGUCGCAGACUGAGGUCAUCAUGCUCAGAGGAACCAGAGGAUGUGAAAGACAUUGUGCCUUAUGUACCACGAAUAGAUUUUACCAGAA